AUGCUCAAUCGCUUUAAUAAGUUCCAAGCUGCCUUAGCUUUGGCCCUUUAUUCUCAAAGUGUAUUAGGUCAGUAUUAUCCAAAUAGUACCACAGUUCCAAGUAACAGCUCAUCCUCUACUUUUUCAUCAACUUCAUCUAGUUCCUUUUCCAUCAGUAGUUCUAUCACUCAAUCAACUUCAUCUGCUCCCGAUGUCUCGAGUUCUCUCACUCAAUUAACCUCAUCUUCCGAGCUUCCGAGCUCUAUUGCUCCAUCGUCUUCGCCCGGUUCAGAGGUCUCAAGCUCUAUCACUCAAUCUGCUUCAACUUUCACUAGCCCAUCAGGCACUGGCUCAACCGGUUCGGGUUCAUCGAGCACUAGUCCAUCUGGUUCUGGUUCCUCUGGCACUGGUUCAACAGCUACCGGCCCAUCUGGCACUGGUUCCUCGGGCACUAGUCCAUCUGGCACUGGUUCAUCUGGCACUAGUCCAUCUGGCACUGGUUCAUCUGGCACUGGUUCAUCGGGCACUAGUCCAUCUGGAACUAGUCCAUCUGGCACUGGUUCAUCUGGCACUGGUUCCUCGGGCACUAGUCCAUCUGGCACUGGUUCAACAGCUACCGGCCCAUCUGGCACUGGUUCAUCGGGCACUAGUCCAUCUGGAACUAGUCCAUCUGGCACUGGUUCAACAGCUACCGGCCCAUCUGGCACUGGUUCAUCGGGCACUAGUCCAUCUGGCACUGGUUCAUCUGGCACUAGUCCAUCUGGCACUGGUUCAUCUGGCACUGGUUCAUCGGGCACUAGUCCAUCUGGAACUAGUCCAUCCGGCACUGGUUCAUCUGGCACUGGUUCAUCGGGCACUAGUCCAUCUGGCACUGGUUCAUCUGGCACUGGUUCAUCGGGCACUAGUCCAUCUGGAACUAGUCCAUCUGGCACUGGUUCAUCUGGCACUGGUUCAACAGCUACCGGCCCAUCUGGCACUGGUUCAUCGGGCACUAGUCCAUCUGGCACUGGUUCAUCUGGCACUAGUCCAUCUGGCACUGGUUCAUCUGGCACUGGUUCAUCGGGCACUAGUCCAUCUGGAACUAGUCCAUCCGGCACUGGUUCAUCUGGCACUGGUUCAUCGGGCACUAGUCCAUCUGGAACUAGUCCAUCUGGCACUGGUUCAACAGCUACCGGCCCAUCUGGCACUGGUUCAUCGGGCACUAGUCCAUCUGGCACUGGUUCAUCUGGCACUAGUCCAUCUGGCACUGGUUCAUCCGGCACUAGUCCAUCUGGUUCUGGUUCAACAGCUACAGGUCCAACUGGUUCUGGCUCAGGUUCAUCGGGCACUGGUCCAUCGGGCACUGGCUCAACUGCGUCUGGCUCAUCUGCAUCUAUCACACAAUCUGCCUCAUCCGCUCCUAGUCUCUCGAGUUCGAUUCCUCAGUCAACAUCCUCCGUUUCUACUGUCUCAGGUUCUAUUACCUCCGGUACCUUGAGUUCCAUUACCCCAUCAGCUUCUAGUGCAACUGCAACAGCAUCCAAUUCCCUUUCUUCCAGCGAUGGUACUAUCUAUUUGCCAUCUACGACGAUCAGUGGUGAUGUCACCCUUACUGGUUCUGUGAUUGCAACAGAAGCCGUCGAAGUCGCUGCAGGUGGUAGAUUGACUCUGCUUGACGGUGAUAAAUACGUUUUCUCAGCUGAUCUAAUAGUCUAUGGUGGAGUGUUCGUCGAAAAGUCUAAGCCAACUUACCCAGGUACCGAAUUCGACAUUACCGGCGAAAAUUUUGAUGUCUCUGGCACCUUUGACGCUGAAGAACCCGCUGCCACUUCUGCUUCCAUCUAUUCCUUCACACCUGGCUCUUUUAUAAACAGCGGCGGCAUUUCUUUGAGUCUAUCAGCAUCUCCAAAGGGCGAAGUUACAUUCUCUCCAUACUCCAACUCUGGUACAUUCUCUUUUUCAAACGCUAUUCUUAACGGUGGUUCUGUCUCUGGUUUACAACGUAGGGCGGAUACAGCAGGUUCUGUGAACAAUGGUGAGAUAAAUCUAGACAAUGGCAGUACUUAUGUUAUUGUCGAACCAGUUUCCGGAAGUGGUACAAUCAACAUCAUCUCCGGCAACCUUUACUUACACUACCCAGGUACCUUUACUGGUCAAACCGUUGUAUUCAAGGGUGAAGGUGUUCUUGCCGUUGACCCAACCGAAAGCAACACUACUCCUAUUCCUGUGGUUGGUUACACUGGUAAGAACCAAAUCGCCAUCACGGCAGACGUCACUAAUCUUUCUUAUGAUAGUAAUACCGGUGUUCUAACUGCAACCCAGGGCAAUUCCCAAUUCUCCUUCUCUAUCGGUACUGGAUUCUCCAGUUCCGGGUUCAACGUCUCCGAAGGAACUUUUGCAGGCGCCCCCGCUUACUACCUAAAUUACGGUGGAGUUGUUGCUUCUAGUGCCACACCUUCAUCCACUUCUACUACAUCCGGUGUCUCUUCCACCACCUCUGCCACCGGUUCUACCCCAGUCACUUCAUCUGGCACGAUUAACUCUGGUACAUCCACCUCUAUUACAUCAGGUGUCUCUUCUGCCACCUCUGCUACCGGUCCUACCUCAGUCACUUCAUCUGGCACGAAUAUCUCUGGUACAUCUACUUCUGUUACUGGUUCUACCUCAGAGACUUCAUCCGGUGCCUCUGUUACAGGCGAAUCCAAUUCUGUUACUACCCCAGGCACAACCAUUUCGUCAGCCGAAUCUGCUUACACUACAACAUUGACUUACGCAUCUGCCACAAGUACGGUCGUGGUGUCCUGUUCAGAAACAACAGACGCUAACGGUAACGUCCACACCAUUACCACAACCAUUCCAUGUUCAUCUACUACCGCCACAAUUACUUCUUGCGAUGAAACUGGAUGCCACGUAACCACAUCAACUGGUACCGUUGCGACUGAAAUCGCUUCUUCCAAGUCUUACACAACUGCCACUGUCACCCACUGUGACGACAAUGGCUGUAACACUAAGACUGUCACUUCUGAAUGUCCUGAAGAAACUUCAGCAACCACUACUUCUCCAAAGUCAUACACCACUGUUACUGCCACUCAUUGCGAUGACAGCGGCUGUAACACCAAGACUAUCACUUCUGAAUGUCCUGAAGAAACUACUGUUUCUCCAAAAACAUAUACCACCGCUACUGUUACUCAAUGUGACCACAAUGGUUGCUACACCAAGACUGUUACUUCUGAAGUUCAUAAAGAAACUUCAGAAACCGCCGCUUCUCCUAAAACAUACACGACUGCUACUGUUACUAGUUGUGACGAAAAUGGAUGUAAAGUGAACACUGUUACUGCCGAAGCUUCUAAAGAAUCUUCUGCAACCACCACAAUCAUUGCUUCUUCCAAACCAUACACCACUUCCAUCGUUACACAAUGUGAUAAUAAUGGCUGUAACGUCAAGACAAUCACUUCUCAGAUACUUGAAGCUACUUCCGUUAUCGCCGCUCCUAGUGCUUCUCCAAAAUCACACGGCACUGGCACUUCUGAGGCUUCUAAAGCAACCUCAUUAACUACUGCCAUUUCUGAGGCUUCUAAAGCAACCUCAUUAACUACUGCCAUUUCUGAAGCAUCUAGCCCAAUUUCCAUAUUCUCUAAAUCUGGUUCUUCAAAUUCUCAAACUACCGGUCCUAAAACUUCUACCGGUAUCAUUACCCAGUCCGAAGCUAUUGCUGCGGGUUUGAAUACCCACGCAUUAAAUGCUUUGGUCGGUAUUUUCGUUCUUGCUUUCUUUAACUAA